CUACGACCAAACCACCAUACAUACACCCAACACAAUAAAAUACUACACCAAAAUGUCCAGCACCACCCUCCUCCACGACCUCCCCUGGCUCCAAAGCCCAAUCAUCGCCAACGCGCCGAUGAGCGGCUUCGCGACAAGCGAGCUAGCGGUCGCGGUAACGCAAGCCGGGGGACUGGGCCAAAUCGGCUUCCUGUCCGACUCGAGAGCCCUGGCGACGCAACUCGGGCACGCCAGCCAGCACUUACAGAGCAUCACCGCGCAAUCUCCCGACAACAUCCUCCCUAUCGGCGUCGGGGUCAUCUGCGCGGGGAUGUCACCGUUGGCCAUCGCGCCUGUACUAACCCAAUACAAACCGGCCGUCGUAUGGCUCUCCUUCGGGGAAGCCACGGACUUCGCGCAAUGGACGGCGAUGAUCCGGAGCGCGUCGCCGCGCACCAAGAUCUGGAUUCAGAUUGGCAGCGUCAAGGCGGCGGUGGGCGCGGCGCAGGCGUGCCGGCCCGACGCGCUGGUCAUCCAGGGCGUGGAUGCGGGCGGGCACGGUCACGCCCGGGGCGCGAGUCUGAUCACGCUUCUCCCUGAGGUGGCGGAUGCGCUGCAAGCGGCUGGGAUGGGCGGGAUCCCGCUUGUGGCGGCGGGCGGGAUUAUGGAUGGGCGGAGCACGGCGGCGGCGGUGAUGCUGGGCGCCGCGGUCGUGACGAUGGGGACCCGGUUCUUGGCAGCUGAGGAGACGAACGUGCCGGCGCAGUAUCGCGAGGCGCUGUUUCGCGCGUCCGACGGCGGCGAGGCUACGGCUCGAUCGCGCGUGUUCGAUGAGAUGUCGGGGCCCAGUCCGUGGCCGGCUCUGUACGAUGGGCGGUGUCUUACGAAUGUCUGCUACGAGAAUGAGCAGAAGGGUAUGAGUAUGGAGGAGGUCCGGGCGGAGUUGCUUCGCGACGGGGAUCGGCUUCGGGAGACGGAGAAUGGCUAUCGUGAUACUAGCAGUGUCUGGGCCGGGACGGGCGUUGGAUUGAUGAGCAAGCUUGAACAGGCGAAGGACAUCGUGGAGACGGUUAGAGAGGAUGCAAAGAAGAGAUUGCGGGCUGGUAGCGCUGCGUUUUGA